AUGAACAGGUACGAGGCUUACCGACUUUAUUCCCUUCUUCCCUAUCCGUUUCUGGGCGUGCUCUCUCUCUUAGAUCUGCCUGGCUGUGGUCAUUGGAGAGCAGGUGGUGACACGUGGUACAAGGUGAUGAAGCAGCUCGGGGACGGCACUUACGGAACCGUGUGGAAGGCGCUUAACCUGCACACGAACGAAAUUGUUGCUGUCAAGAAGAUGAAGCGCAAGUUUUAUUCAUGGGACGAGUGCAUGAGCCUCCGAAAGGUCAAGUCGCUGCGCAAGCUGAACCACCCCAACAUAGUGCGACUGAAGGAGGUGAUUCGCGAGAACAAUGAGCUGUUCUUCAUAUUCGAAUUCAUGGAGUGCAACCUGUACCAUCUGAUGAAGGACAGAGAGACGUACUUUCAGGAGUCCACCGUUCGCAACUGGAUGUACCAGGUGCUGCUGGGCCUGGCGCACAUGCACAAGCACGGCUACUUCCACCGCGACCUCAAGCCAGAGAAUCUACUAGUGACUAAGGACUUGAUAAAGGUGGCGGAUUUCGGAUUGGCGAGGGAGAUCAAGUCGCGGCCUCCCUUCACAGACUACGUGUCUACCCGAUGGUAUCGAGCACCGGAGGUGUUACUUCAGUCAACAGUUUACAACGCCCCAAUAGACAUGUGGGCGAUAGGAGCGAUUAUGGCGGAGCUAUUCACACUUGAGCCUCUGUUCCCUGGAGCAAGUGAGAUUGAUGAGAUUCUCAAGAUCUGCGCUGUGAUUGGCACGCCAACUCCCAGAACAUGGCCUCAGGGUCUCCGCCUUGCAGCUUCCAUGAACUUUCGCUUCCCUGAGUACUCGCCCAUCCCGCUCGCUCAAAUCAUGCCCAUGGCAUCAGACGAGGCAGUCGACCUGGUCACUGCCCUCUGCUCCUGGGACCCCGCCAGACGCCCCUCCGCUGCUCAGGCGUUGCAGCACCCAUUCUUCCUGAGAGGAGCAGUUGACCUGGUCACUGCUCUCUGCUCCUGGGACCCUGCCAGGCGCCCCACAGCUGCUCAGGCGCUGCAGCACCCCUUCUUCCUGCAGAAGGGAGUGACCCUCCCCUACACACCCAAGAAGCCCAAGUCCUCCUCCUCUUCCUCCACAACAACCGGUCCCGUCGUCCCCAUCACCACGCCCUCCCAACUCGCCGCCGCCUCCCACGCUGCCCUCUCUGGCUCUCUCGGUCUCCCCGACCUGGGGCAAACCCUCCUGCAGCCUGUGCUUCGUGCUGUUGCCUCAUCGCUCUCCUCUUUCUCUUCCCUCUUCUCCCUUCUCUUCUCUUCCCCCCCUCCUCCCGAGCAGAAGGGAGUGACCCUCCCCUACACACCCAAGAAGCCCAAGUCCUCCUCCUCUUCCUCCACAACAACCGGUCCCGUCGUCCCCAUCACCACGCCCUCCCAACUCGCCGCCGCCUCCCACGCUGCCCUCUCUGGCUCUCUCGGUCUCCCCGACCCAGGGCAAACCUUCCUGCAGCCUAUGCCGCGUGCUGUUGCCUCUCCCCUGCAUGGAGCAGGACCAGGGGCGGGACUGGGGCAGGGGCAAGGUCAAGGGCAAGGGCAGGGGUAUGUGACAGAGCAGCAGCAACAGGUUCCUGUUCCAAAGCUGUACCAGGCACAGCCGCAGCAACUACAACAACAGCAACAACUUCAGCAGCAGCAGCAGCAGCAGCAGCAGCAGUACCAGCAGCACCAGCAACCCCCCCAGCAGCAGCACCUUCUGAGUCCCACGACUCAGCUGAGUCCGAGAAUACAGCAGAGCCCUCUGCAGGACGGAGAGCCACUGAGCCCUCACAUGCUCCCAAGCCCCCUCCACGCCCCUCUCCCUCAGGCACAGGCGCAGGCACAGGGGCAGGGGCAGGGGCAGGGGCAGGGAGUGGGAUUAGGGCAGGCGGGAGGGCAGGGGCAAAGGCAGGGCGGGCAGGUGCGGAAAUGGCACCAGCAAGGGCAGAAAACGGGAGGGCAGUUGCAGCAGCCGCUGCAGCAGCCAGUGCAGCAGAUGGGGGGACAAAUGGGGCCCGGGCAGGGGAAGGGAGCUUUGGUGCAGGGCGGAGGGUUAGCAAUGGGGGGAUAUGGGUUGGGAGGGCAUGGAGGAGGGGGCUAUGGGCCGGGAGGGCAAGUAUCAGAGGGUGAUUAUGAGCAGGGAGGGAGUCUGGGCAUGGCCCGCCAUUCCGCAUCUGCCUCUGUCAACUCAUCAAAUGCGAUCGGCUCCAUAUCCACUAGAUCCGACAAGUCAGUCUCAGCCAGCCAAAGCAACUCUGCAGGAGCAG